AUGCGUUUCAGUGUGCUCGCCGCCUCCGCGCUGGCAGUUCUCUCGCCGGUGGCUGCCUCGCCGGCCGCGAGUGUCGAUGAGUGGGACUUCCUGGCUGGAAAGGCCCUGAUCAACCAGGUGUCAUACCAUUACUCCAACCCCGAAGCCAGUCUGAGCUGCACGCCCAUGACCGCCACCGUUCGCAAGGAAUGGGGUUCUUUGAGCAAGCACGAGCGUCGCAAGUACAUUGAAGCCGUGAAAUGCCUCAUCUCCAAGCCGGCCAAGUCCGAUCCCGCCUUUGCUCCGGGGGCUCGCACGCGGUUUGAUGACUUCGUCGCCGUGCACAUCAACCAGACCAUGUACAUCCACAUGACCGGAAACUUCCUCACCUGGCACCGCUACUUUACCUGGGCCUACGAGCAGGCACUGCGCAACGAAUGUGGCUACAAGGGCUCGCAGCCCUACUGGGCCUGGAACAAGUACGCCGCCGACCCGCUGGAUUCGCCCAUGUUCGAUGGCUCCGACACCAGCAUGUCGGGUGACGGCGCCUACGUGCCUCACAACGGCCCCCAGGUGCUCCAGGGCCUGACCCUGCCGCCUGCCAACGGCGGUGGCUGCGUCAUGGAGGGUCCCUUCAAGGACUUCACGGUCAACCUGGGCCCCGUUCUUCCCAGUCUCAACGUCACCAAGGGCCAGAACGGCACCGGUCUGGACUACAACCCGCGCUGCCUGCGUCGUGACAUCUCCGUCUACUCGGCCAACUGGACCACGACGGAGAUCAUCACCGACCUGAUCCUCGACCACCACGAUAUCUACACCUUCCAGAACCGCCUGCAGGGCGACGCCGACUCCGGCUACGUCGGAAUCCACAGCGGCGGUCACUACACGAUCGGCGGUGACCCCGGUGGUGAUCUCUACACCUCCCCCGGCGACCCGGCCUUCUACCUGCACCACUCGGCCAUCGACCGUGUAUUCUGGACCUGGCAGAAUAUGGACCCCCGCAACCGCACGUACGUGGUCAAGGGGCCCUCCGUCCUGCCGGGCUUCGGUGCGGACACGGGCAACGACACGACGUUGGACACCGUCAUCGACAUGCCCACGCUGGCGCCGCGCCGCACCAUUCGUGAGCUACUGGACACCACCGGGGGUCCUUUCUGCUACGUCUACCUGUAAAUUAG